CAGGAGCUGCAUCUCCCUCCCCCUCUGUUUUGUCCUGCGUCCAACAUUACCCAACUUUGUGUCGCCGCGUGGGAUUCCUCGUUGUUCUUCCUGCCGCGACUUUCAAUAUCGACCUACCUACGUACUAAAGCCACCUGCUCCCGCGACUCGGCGUCCCACCAAGGCGGCCUGUUCUGCGACCCGUCCCGCCGCAUAAGCAGCCCCGCCACCGAUCUACCACCUUCAUCGCGACAAGAACCGAAGCUCUUGUUUCACCACGCUCCGACGUCCCCUUCUGUCGCAACCCGGCCGCUUCUGGCGGCCAUCUCAGCAUCCUUGAGCGCAGACAACAACUGGCUCGGACGCACCACAAGCCUGUGCGGCCGCGGCAUUGCGUCAUAUCGCUCCGUCUCGCCCGCCGCGGGGACAGUCGCAUCCGUCGUCACUCAUCAUGGAGUCAAGUCGCGGCGUGCCAGAUGGGGAAAUGUUCCUGAGCAAGCCGGCGCCUGAUGACUGCGGUGACAGCCCUACCGUCGAGCCACUUCGCAUCUUCAAACCCCAGAGCCCCAGGCCAGCUUCAGGCGGCGCAUCGUCAUCGUCGUUCCACAAGCCAUCGUUCCCCCUACCUCCGGGCGCAUCGAGCUCGGCAGCCCCACUGCCUUUCCCAGAUGAUGAUGACGUCCGCAAAUACAUGCCACCAAAACCGUACGGCUCUGCAUACAACGACACAUCGCCUCGCAUAGACACAAGCUCCGGUGAGAGAAAGCCCGGGCUUGCCGAGAGGAGGGGCGCCUCGCCAAAGGUUAUACAAUCUCCGUCGAGCCCGGAGGCAGACCAUGGGCUCUUCGCAAGGCCUUUGAAGGAGCAGCCUCGACCUGCCUCCUCCAAUACAAACUAUCCGACGUAUCAGAAGACAUACUACCCCCCUCCGGAAGCCGCGGCGAGCGCUGGCUCGUCUGGCAACGUCCCGCAGCCGCAAGGCACGGGAGCGAGCGGAGUAGGGGGCACCAGCAGCAAUAGCAACAGCAGCAACCAGUCGACGAUGAACGACCAGGGCGUCAACCGGUUCGCUUCGACAGCCUCAAAUUCCACAACGAGGGCGAACCGCGGCUCGCCGCCACCGCCCGAGACCCCAGUAGUAGAGCCGGGCACGAUUCCUGGGGGCGGGAUAGAAGCUCGGUACGCGGCGUCAGGGAUCUCAGGAACCGCGACCCUCAACAGCCUCCAGGCCCAUCAAGCUCAGAGCGCCGCCGCAGCGCAGAGACUGGCGCAGUAUGGAAAUCAGCCGCCACAAGUCCAGCGACCCUGGACUCCUACCGAAAUCCCAGGACAAGCGCCUUCGGGUCCUCCUACAGUCUACCAGGGAGCAAAUCCGAUCUCAAGCCCUCAGCCGGAGCCAGUCUUCAGCCCACCUUCGGAGCCACCCGCUCAAGAUCAACAGAGUGCCCCGGCUCAAGUCAGUGUCUUGGAACAGGAUUUUCAACGCCUGAGCACCAAAACACCGCCUCCCGCUUACUCAAGUGUGAAUCCCAGUGGAACAUCUGCAUAUUCCAACGAGAAACAACGCCAGCAGCAGCAGCAGCAGCAGCAUCAACAGCAGCAGCCGCAGACCCAACGGCCCACAACUUCGCCCGCACCCGCUGCUACUUCUUCGUCAACUCCUCCGCAGAAACCCAUCGUCACGGCCGCGGCGGCUGGCGGAGGUCUCGCCUCACCGGCCCUUCAGCACCCUGGCCAUCCAGCGUUCGCCAAUGACCCUCGACCAGAAGCCAAUGGGCAGUCGUCGCAGACGGCAGCUUCACCCACUCCGAUUUCUGCCACACCUGCCUCUCCUCCCCCGCUGCCAGAGGGAUGGAUAGCCCACCUGGAUCAGAAUUCCGGCCAAUACUAUUAUAUCCAUCUCGCUACGCAGGCCACCCAGUGGGAGUUUCCAAAGGGUCCAAAUCCGAUUCAGCAUGAACAGGCACCACUCUCGCCUGUGGCCUCGACGUAUGGGAACCCUCUGACAUCCCCCAUGUUUGGGAAGCAGUCGAUGGCAUCUCCCAUGUUUCCGCCGCAUACUCCGGGCUAUGCCGAAAGCAUUAUGAGUGUCGCUGCCUCACAGACCCCAACAACUGCUGGGUUCUCCGGCCCCCCUCCAAGCUCUGGCGUCGAUAUGUACAGGAUACAGCCAACCAACGGUGUAUAUUUCGGCCCAUAUCUUCGAUAUGUCAACAUGGAUCUUGAGAAAGGCAUCUGGCAUGGCAGCAUCCUUAUUGUUACCGAUGCCCCUCAGCCACCUACCAUCCACUUGCACCUAAGCAUGGAUCUCUCGCCGAAUCCGAGACAACUGCAACCUCGCACCAUCUACACUCACCAGCGCUGGUCCUUCUACAAGUAUGAGAUUGAAGUCCAGAUGGGAGAGGGCGGCACCGAGAGGUGGACGUAUGCCGUAACGUCUCACUUGGGCUGCACGCGUUAUGAGUUUGUUGUCGCUGGACGCCACGAAAUUGGAUGGCGGUUCAUUGCACAUUCUGGCAAUGACUUCGCCGCUGGCACAACUCAGAACGAACGUGCCAGGUUGGGCGGGGUCGGGUUCAUGUGGAAGGACGUACUGCAGAAAAACGUUGAAUGCGGCGGCUUCCACGUCCAACUCGGCCUGGGUGACCAGAUAUACGGCGACAGGUUGUGGAAGGAGGUGCCGCUACUGAAACAGUGGUUGGCCAUGAGCGGUCGCGACAACAAAAAGAACGUUCAAUGGACAGCUCGCCAUGAAGAGGACGUGUCCCAUGCCUACUUCCACUUCUACACGAGCCACUUUGAUCAGCCAUUCUUGCGCGAGGCGUUCGCUCAAAUCCCUCACGUGUUACAAAUCAACGACCAUGAUAUUUUUGACGGCUACGGUUCCUACCCUGCCUACAUGCAGAAUUCUCCAAUGUUUAAGAAUAUCGGUCGCAUUGCCACGGACAUGUACCUGCUCUUCCAACACCACACAACAACGGAAUUGAUGAGGAACGUCAGCACUGACCACGACAUAUUCACGAUAACUGGUACUGGUUGGCAUUUCGUAAAGUUUUUGGGGCCGGCCGUCGCAGUGGCGGGACCCGACUGCCGCUCUGAGAGGACUCAAGCUCGCGUCCUAGCCGGUCCGACAUACCAGGGCAUCUUUCCCAAGGUUGCUACGCUUCCGCCAAGCGUCCAGCAUGUCAUCUGGAUGAUAUCGGUGCCCCUCAUAUACCCUCGGCUUGACACCGUCGAAAGCCUUGCGAACACAGUUGCUGUAGGAAAAAAGGCUGUCAACACAACGUACAACAUACUGGGAAAGGUGACCAGUUCGGUCGCCGGUGUUGUCGGUGGCAAGGAGGUCGUCGCACAAGGAUUCUCGCAAGUCAAGAGAGCCGUUGGCAAGACUGGCCUCAUGGGCAACGUCCUGAAUCAGUUCGGUGAACUCGACAUCCAAGAAGUCUUGAAGGAUAUGUGGACGCAUGACACCAAAGACCUCGAAAGAACAUAUUUCAUCCGAACUCUACAAGGUAUUGCCCAGCAAAAGGGCAUACGUAUGACUUUUCUGUCUGGAGACGUGAACGCCUCCGGCGCCGGCUUGGUCCAUGACCCGACACACCCUGCAGAUCACAAGACCAUGUAUCAGAUCAUCUCGUCUCCUAUUGUGGGAGCCCCACAGGGCGGCUACGUCUUGAAGAUGCUGCAUAACCAGAAGACGCUGUACGUGCCCCAGAACGGGCAAAAGACGACCAACGAAGUCUCGGACACCAAGGAAGAUAUGAUGGAGAUUUUCCACACGGACGCAAGCGGAGCGAGUCGCGAACUAAAGAAGCUGAUGGGGAGGAGGAACUACGUCGCCUUCGUCGCCUAUGAUCAGGAGGCAGCGAACCAGGCACCCUUCAGCCCCAAUCCAAGCAUCAGCAGCCAGCAGCAACAACAGGGGCUGUCGAAGUUGAGCAUCGCGGUGGACUUCGUGGUGCAGGGAGAUGGGCCGUUUCAAGCCACCACCAAGUAUGGUCCUGUCAUCAUUCCACACCUUGAAUUUGGCCGAUGAACAGCGAAACCUACCUUUUGCUGUGCGAGACAGGAUAUGGAAUUUUUAUGAGAUGCAACCAGCGAUGCUGUUGAAUCUACAAGCUUUGAAUACCUCUGCCCGUUUGCUUCCAGUGCUGUAAUCUGUACGCCCUCUGCUUGCUUACCCACUUGAUCUUGUUCAAUGG